AUGCCCUCAACGAGUUCUCCUUUGGUUUCGCCGGUGAAGAAAACGUUCGACACACCCACUUCGUCAUAUGGCUCGGUCGACCGGAAGGGGAAGAGAAAAGCGUCAGAACAAAUUGAAUCUGACAAUGAAGACGAGCAGGACGUUGAAAAAGUUGAAGACAAAGAGGAGGAAGAGGAGCCAGAGGAAAAGCCGAGUCGUGGGCGACCCUGUAAGGCCAUCCUCAAAGACGCUGCCAAGAGACUCAAGAAACUUUAA